AUCCAAAUCUUGGCCGUUGAUUUGACGCCACCACGAUGGUACCACAACCAACCAACCUACCAACAACAGAGCCACAACCCUCAUUGGUUUCUUUCUCUGUUUCUUUCUUUCACCAAGCUAGUUAAUUGAUUAUCCAACAACCAUACAGUAUCAUGUUAUCCAGUCAUACGAGCCGUGCCAUCAAGAACCAAGGUCGAUCGGUCCUGUUCCGAAAGCGGAGUCGAAGCAUUGCGUGGCAACAAGACGGACGUUGCCUGUCGGUCUUGGCCAGGGAAAAGCAACCACAGCAAGAAACCAAUCAUCAUGACCAAUGGUCGGCUGCAUAUCUCGUCCUGGCAGGAGCUGCCGCGACUGUUUCCUGGGUAUCCUCUUGGAAAAAGAAAGAUAACACAACCUAUUGCGAGCAGAGUCAAUCAGCCGAUCUACCCGUCUAUGGCAGCAGUAGUGAUCCCAUGAUGGAUGCCGGACAAGCAGCAGCCACGGACUUGAAGGAUGUCUAUUUGGUACCAUCUCCCGUACAGGUUAGCGAAGAACAAAUCAAAGAUCCCUCCUCGGAAUUGAACCGAGGUGCCAGAGCCUUUGAGGUAUCCUUGGAUUCUUGUCAACAACUAUUAUUGGCCACUUCCAAACAGCCACCACCAGAACAGCAACAAGAAGUGGAACCACAGCAAGAGCCCAUAGAACAACCCUUCACGGCCACGACACCUGCUGUCGAAGAAGUUGCUCCCGUUCGAUUGGCCGAAAACCUACAACGCGUCAAUACCCGACACCUUGACGACACCAAUAUGGUGACAACUCGCAAAAUGUACUUUUAUCGAACGCCUCGCAUUCAAUCGCGCAUGCAAAAGAAAUUCAUACUCUUGGCGGGACCUGCCUCGGAAGAUUUGGGGGCCGAUAUCGCGCAUCUACUAGGUCUCGAUCUCAAUCAUUUGGAAGUGGGCGCGCACAAUGAUGGAGAAGUCAAAAUUCACAUGCAGGAUUCCGUACGAGGCAAACACGUCUUUAUCAUCAAUUCCACCAACUCGAUUGAUACCGUUGUGGAACUCAUGCUGUUGAUAUCCACGCUCCGACGGGCCAGUGCCAAACACAUUACCGCCGUCGUGCCAUACUUUGGAUACAGUCGACAGGAUCGAAAAAUUGCACGAGAACCGAUUGGGGCCGCCGAUGUCGCGCUGAUGUUGGAGGAAAUGGGUGUCGAUCGGGUCAUGUGCAUGGAUCUUCAUUCGGAUACCCUUCGUGGAUUCUUUCCCCCCAAGAUUCCAGUAGAGAACCUAAUUCCCGUUCCAGUGGCCGCCGCCUACUUUCACGAAGAGCUGAGUACCAUGCUCCCUUUACCGCCUGGUUUUAACGAAGAAACCGAUACCCCUCCGUAUCCCAAAGUCACCGUCGUGGCAUCCCACGAAUCCCAAGUCGCCCGUGCCAGUCAAUUUCGAACCGUCCUGCAACGACUCAGUGGCAAUUCCGAGAUUGAAUUGGCACUCAUCAGCAAGAAUCGACAACGUCGCAAUUCUACCAGUUACGACCCCGUACUGGUGGGCAAUGUCAAGGGUCGCAAGUGCAUAUUGGUCGAUGACAUUGUCAAUACCGGUUCUACAUUGAAAGGCAACGUGGAACAACUCAAAGAACGAGGUGCCGAAUCCAUCUACGCAUGGGCGACGCAUGGCGUGUUUGGACCCGAUUCCGAUGUCCCUGCACGAAUACAGGAAUUGGAGGCAUUGGAUUAUCUCUUGAUUUCCAAUUCGGUCAAUAACGAUUGUCGUCGUCGACUUCCUUCCAAAGUGCGACAAUUGAAUGUGGCACCGCUCUUGGCCGAAGCCAUUGCGCGGGCGUUGCACAAUCAGUCCAUCUCGAGUAUUUUGAGUUUGGAGAAUAUGACGGUGGAACGGUACGAUGGGUGAGAUAGUAGCCUUUCAUAGUGUAGUGAGUGACCUACAUGCCUGUAACUAAGAAUAUUGAAUUGGGCUACUAUUCUAAGCAAUGGAACCACGUGAUUAGGAGUCAUUUCGGCGCAAGCUACCGGGUACAAGCUGCCUAGUGUGGAUCAAUCAUGAGGUGGUGACGGUUGCUUUGCUGCUCUUCAGGAUUUCAAAAUCUGCUACUAGGGCGCCGUGAGGAGAUGUCGAUGCCAAAUACAUGUAGACGACAGCAACCCGAUGAUGGAGCACAGAGAUACCUACCGUACAACGUCUAGCCAGAGGUAGCUAAAUAGAUUUCAUAGGUUUCGACUGUUGCUAUGUAGAUCCAGCCUGGAGCCUAAAUACGGCUCAUAACCUGACAAUGUAUGGCUUCGCUUGAGGUGUGCGCUGUGGCGCGGUCGGCGUUGGUCUUUUUCCUUGGGUUCGUUGCGGCACACGACG